UACUUUGAAAGCAGAAAUAAACAAUGAAUGGAAUCAAUUACCAAGUAGUCUUGCAGUAAAAUUAGCUGCUAGCAUAAAAAAGCGCAUAGAGGCAUUAAUUGAGUCCAAUGAGAACUUUGCAAUAACUUCUUAUAAGGUAUCAGAAAAACUUACUGUUAUUCAAGAAGCAAAACAGAUUGGUGUUUUGGCUGCUUUACAUCGCUUUGGUAUUGAUCAGUCUAUGUUAAAUAAACUUCGACAGAUGGAAAUUGCAAUAACAUCAGGUAUACGAAUUCCCUCUAAUCUGCCUUGUGGCAUUGUUGUAUAUAUGCAUGAAAGUGCCUGGAUGGACGAAAAUUUGAUGAGCGAAUGGAUUGACCAAGUUUGGAACAAGCGACCUGAAACAUCAAUUGUAAACAAACCUUUGUCUUUGCUUGUGAUGGAUUUAUUCGAAAGACAUCUUACUGAUAUUGUAAAAAAUAAAUGUGCAGUUAAUAAUAUUCAUAAAGCUAUUAUUCUGGGAGAAGCGUGGGAUGAUAUUUCUGCAGAAAUGAUUAUUAAAUCAUUUAAAAAAUAUGGUAUUUCUAAUGAAUUAGAUGAGACAGAAGACGAUUUAUUAUAUAAUUCAGAUCAAGAGAAUAGUGAAAUCAAUAAUAAUGAAGAUUUGUUUGAGGUAGUUGAAGAAGAUAGUUUAUCUGCUAAAGAACUAGAAGAUUAA